AUGAGGCGACACCAUGGUCGGGCGUUGUCCCCAUAUGCUGGGAGAGUCGCGGUUCCUCCGUCCGCGGAAGUCACACUAGUUCGCGACUUCGACCAGAAGAUCAAUCCCACCAAGCCUGUUCGACAAUCGCCGCUGGCGACAUCUGGCUUCCAAGGCAUGCCCCUGGAUCUAUUUGACCGCAUUCGAUCGUUCCCACUGUUUCAGUCUACGCCUGAUAGUUUCCUGGCGCAGCUGGGAAUGGUGCUCAAGCCCCAGAUGUACUCGGCAAAUGACUACAUCUUGAACGAAGGAGACGAUGCGAAGUCCAUGUACUGGCUCAUACGCGGAGCUGUUGCAGUCACGUCGAGGGAUGGCGAGAGCACAUACGCGGAACUCAAGCCCGGCGCAUUCUUUGGUGAGAUCGGCAUCCUGCUCGACAGGCCCCGAACAGCCACGGUCGUCGCAAGGACAAGAUGUCUGACUCUCAUACUCAAGAAAGAAGACCUGCAGAAGAUACUGCCAGACUAUCCCGACGUCGAGCGCGCAAUCAGGGAAGAAGCGCUCGAAAGACUGGCGCAGACAGAAAAGAAGAAACGACAAUUGAGAGCUGGGCUGGAAGACCGACCUGUCCCAGAACGGCGAGGGUCUAAACGCUCGCGAGAAUUGAUGGGCGAUGAAAUGGAGUGGAGUGAUAGUGAUUCAGUCAAUGGUACAAGCAAGCGACGCAAGUCACCCAGUCCUGGCACACAAGACAUUCCGACCGCGAGUGCGCUAGGUCACGGCCUGGUCAACAUCCGGGCCACACUGAAGGAGCUUCCUCUCUUCGCGACGCUUCCCGCCGAGAUGCUGCAUUUCUUGGGCCUCAACGCUCAGCCUCGGGGCUAUCCACCAUUCACCGAUAUCGUCAAGCAAGACAGUACAGGUCGCGAAGUUUUUUUCCUUGUAAGAGGAGAAGUCGAAGUGUUGGAUGAAAAGGCUGAUGUCGCGCCUCGUGGGCGCCGGAAAGACCAGCCAAAUGGUGUAUGUCAUGCGCCGUUCAUCAAAGCUCGGCUUCGACCUGGGCAGUAUUUCGGUGAAGUCGUCAGUCUGUCUCUUGCAGAUCGGAGGACUGCAACAGUACGGUCUGUCACGCAGGUAGAAUGCUUGAUGAUUUCCGAGAAUGUGCUGUCUGAGUUCUGGCGUCGGUGUCCUGCCGACAUCAAGUCUCAAGUCGAAGAGACAGCACGCAGACGACUACGUUCUGCUUCAGAGAACGACGUUAUUAUGGCUGAUAUUGGGUCCCCACCACCAAUCGGUGAGCUGGAAAUUGGCGAGAGAACCUCGAAGGUUCCCAAACCAUCUCCAUUACCAAGAGUCACAUUCCGUGACGCAGAAAGCAAGCAGCUUGUUACAGAAGACUCUGCGCCGAGUCAUCUCGAGCCUCUUGAUCCCGACCCCUUCUCGAGUGUCGGCCUCGACAAGGUCAAAUCGCGCUCGAGACGUGGAUCGCUUGCACCUCCGUCUCCCGAAGAAGUCUCACAGAUGUCCAAACGGCGAUCGUCACGAGCUUCGCCUACGAACUCGCAGAGUUCUUCUCCUUUCAGCUCCGCGGCAGGAACUCCGUCGCCAAUAUCAGAGCACAAAUCCUCAAGUUUCCCCUUUUCAGACCCCUUUGCUGGCGCGAAACGUCCCUCACCAAAACACAAUCUCACAUUUGGCGGGAAUAGAGGUACCAUUAGCGAUGAGAUUCUUCCCUUGGUCUUCGACCGCCUGGAAUUGCACGAAUGUAUGCGUCUUCAAGUAGUUUCACAGCAUUGGCAGAAUGUGCUUACCAAAUCACCUCUACUGUUCCGAGAACUCGACCUAUCCAGAUACAGCCGCUUCGUCAACGAUAGCGUGCUAGCAGAGAAGAUUUGUCCUUUUGUGGGUGAGAGACCAGAGAUCAUAGACAUCAGCAACUGCUUUCACAUCACUGAUGAAGGCUUCAACACGCUUGUGACUGCAUGCGGUGCAAAAGCUACGAGUUGGCGAAUGAAGAGUGUGUGGGAUGUCACCGCUCCCGCUAUUCUUGAGAUGUCAAAUCGAGCGAAAGGCUUGAAGUCGAUCGAUCUCAGCAACUGCCGCAAAGUGUCCGAUACACUGCUUGCUAGAAUCGUUGGCUGGGUUGUACCGCAACAGACGCAAGCCCAAUUACAACAGCAGAACCUGCUCAAUAAUCGUCAGAAGCUCACAAAUGGCAAUCGACCGACACUCAACACGAAAGUGAGCUCGUCCAAUGCUGUGAUACCAGCACCUGGUACAGUCCUAGGCUGUCCUGAUCUCUCAACGAUAUCUUUGAGCUACUGUAAGCACAUAACCGACCGCACCAUGCAUCAUAUAGCGAAUCACGCCGCCACACGUAUCGAGUCGAUCGAUCUGACGAGAUGUACGACUAUCACGGAUACUGGUUUCCAGUACUGGGGCAAUGCACGCUUCGAACGACUCAAACGUCUGUGCCUAGCGGACUGCACAUACCUGAGUGAUCAGAGUAUAGUGUGGCUUGUCAAUGGCGCAGGGCCUGGUCUUCGAGAGCUCGAUUUGUCGUUCUGCUGUGCCCUGUCCGACACAGCAACCGAAGUCCUCGCCCUAGGCUGCCCCAGCCUGACACAUCUGAACUUGUCCUUCUGCGGAAGCGCUGUCUCUGAUCCCUCGCUCCGCUCUCUGGGACUCCAUCUCAGCAGACUCGAACAGCUGGCAGUGCGUGGUUGUACGCUUCCCGAGCUCCUGCGGCUACUGGGCCUGUACGUGGUAGCGCCGUACGCCGCAUAUCUCCUCUACAAGUUCGCACGUCAUGUACAAUUCAACAUAUGGGUCCGGACCAGCAAAGAAUUCGACAAGGUGCCUUCCCUCCCUCGACACUGGCUUCUCGGCAACCUCAUCAAUGCUGGCCAAAAGCUCGACCCCGGCCUCGGGAGGCACCCGGACCAGGGAAUGGAGGAGAUAUGGAACGAGCUGGGCCGGCCGUCAUGCUUCUGGCUCGAUUUCUCUCCCGUCGACAUUACCGUCCUAGUAAUUGCAGAUCCAGCUAUCGCAGAGCUCUGCAGUGAGCCCCGUCCCGGUCUGAAAUACUCCUUGCCCAAAUCUGACACUACCCAAUCUCUCAAUGGACUAUUGGGGAAGGAGUCCAUGAUCUUAGUCCACGGCGAAGAGUGGCGGGCUCUCAGGAGACGAUUCAACAAGGGCUUUGCGCCCCAGCAUUUGCAUUCACUCGCACCGCUCAUCCUCGAGAAGACACAGAUCUUCGUUGAGCGCCUCAAGACUGCCGCCAGGAAUGAGACCGUCUUCGAGCUACAGGAGUUCGCCCAGGACCUGACUACAGACAUCAUCACGAUGGUCUGCAUGGAGCGAAACUUCGGCGCCCAAACCACUCCCGACGGUCAAGGAGAAAAGUCUCGUUUCGGUAUCCUGACCACGAGCCGUGCCUUGAGCGCCCAAGCAUUCAAAGUCGGACAAGGAUUCAACGCCGCUCAGUACUUCGACCCCAUCCGGCCCAUCCUCUCCUGGCUCAACGAAACCACCCUCGACUGGCGCCUAUACAACUUCAUCCAGAAGCAGAUCACUCAAGAUAACACGAGCAACUCGCACAACAGCGCUUCAUCCACCUCCAAACCCGCUCGCAGCAUCGUCAACCUCGCAACAGACUCACUUGACCCAACGCCCGCCCUAAUCCGCAACACCGUCUCCCAAAUAAAAUCCUUCCUCUUCGCCGGCCAAGACACAACCGCGACCCUAAUCCAAUGGCUGCUCUACGAAUUGUCCAAAUGCACCGACAUCCAGCCCUUCGACCCGCUCUACGACCACUACAAGGCCCUCUACAAGGCCCUAGUGGACGAGCACGACUCCGUCUUCGGAAAAGGCGACCCGUUCUCCGCACUCACCCUCCUCGCUUCCCAAGAUGACACAGCCCUUACUUCACAGUUGCCAAUCACAAACGCAUGGGUCAAAGAAGCCCUCCGCCUGCACCCGCCCGCCUCGUCCGCCCGCUGGGCCAAGCCCCCUCCCCUCGACUCAGAAAAUCCGCCCAUCGAGAUCCCCAUCACCAACGCCGCCGACGGCAGCACAACCACCGCCACAAUCAACGGCUGA